AUGACCGCCAAUGUUCUAUCUUUUUACAGAAGGCAUCGGUUGAGGAUCCUGAAAACUUCAUAUAUUUUACUACUAUUCACCACUUUAUAUAACGUUAAUGGUGGGGGGAGCAACACAACAGCUAACGAUCGGAAGGAUAAUAAAAAGAGUCAGGUUACCGAUAAAAAUGACAAAACACUACCCUCUUAUCAACGUAACAAAAUAAAAAAUUCAGGACGUAUUGAAGGUUAUUCUGGUAAUGAGGACAAUGACGAAGGGGAAGAGAGUGAUGUUCAAGCCUUGAUAAUAAGUCCUAAAAAUGAUCGUCUAUCGAAAAGUAGGUCAGGUUCUAAUGUAGAACAGGAGGACAAGAAGAAUCCUAAUGUUAGUGAACCCACUCCGAAGCGUAGGAGAACUGAUUUUCUUUUAAAGAUAAUUCUAAAUGAUAAAAAAUGUCUAAUUUUAUUCUUCACUCAAGCAAUCUUACUUAUCAUUAGAACAUUCCUUUCACUUCAUGUCGCUACAUUAGAUGGGAAAUUAGUCUCUUCUUUAGUGAAAGCCCAAUAUCCAAAGUUUUUGAAAAUUUUACUGGGUCAAUGGAUGGUUUUAGGUAUCCCUGCAAGUUUCAUUAAUGCAUUAAUCAAUUAUUUGACAAAAUUAUGUUCCGUAACUAUAAAUAGACUGAUUUCUAAAGUCUUAUUGGAUAAAUAUUUAUCAAGUCAUCAUACUUUUUACGCUGUUGCUGCUUCCACUGGAGUUGGUACAGGGACUACCCCUAAUAAAAAAGACGGGAGUGAUGAUGAUAAUAAUAAUACUACGCAACGAAUUAAUUCAGUAUCUGAAAUUCAAGAUAAUCUAACAAAGGAUAUUUAUACUUUCUCAACUAACACGUCCAUCUUAUUAAAUCAAUUACUAAAACCAAUGUUGGAUUUAAUAUUAUGUUCAUUUAAAUUAUUGAUGUCAAGCACAAAUAAUAUGGGUGAAGGUACGUUAGCAUUAGGUUUAAUAGUAUAUGGUUCUAAUUCUAUCUUGAAGUUAAUUCAGCCAAAUUUUACGAGUUUGACAAUGAAAAGAGCUUCUCUAGAGAGUGCGUUCAGAUCAUUACAUUCAAAUAUUCAUACUCAUAGUGAAGAAAUCGCACUUUUGAAAGGUCAAGAUAGAGAAUUGGCUAAUUUGGAUUUCACAUUCUAUAAAUUGGUCUUGUUCCUUAAUAGAGAAAUUAAAGCUAAAGCCCUCUAUGAUUUGGCUACUACAUUCAUCAUUAAAUAUACAUGGGGUGCUGCUGGUUUAGUGUUAUGUUCUAUUCCAAUUUUUUUCAAAGGUGAUACAACUACUAACCUUGAUGAAGAAUUAUUGAUAGAAGAUAAUAGUAAUAGGGACAAGCAAGAUGAACAUGACAUUACCGCUGACUUUAUUACUAAUAGAAGGCUUUUGUUAACUGCUUCAAGUUCAAUUGGUAGAUUUGUAGAAUUGAAGAAAAAUGUUCAACAAUUACGUGGUGUUAGUUUAAGACUAAAUGAAUUUAAUGAUUUAUUAGAUAGAAAUUUAAAUCCUCAACUUGAAGAAAAGGACACGUCCAUGAUUGAGUAUAAUAAUUCAUUAAUUAAAUUUGAAAAUGUCCCAUUAAUUACACCAGCGAACCAGGUCCUAGUGAAAAAUUUAUCAUUUGAAUUGAAACAUGGUGAUCAUCUUUUAAUCAUUGGACCAAAUGGAUGUGGUAAAUCAUCAUUAUUCCGUAUUCUUGGAGGGUUAUGGCCCGUCAGACAAAUUGAUGAUCCAAAUUUAAAGACUAAAUUAAUUCUUCCCAAGAGAUCAUUAAAUGAUGAAACUAAUGGUAAUAAGCAAGAAUGUUCAAUUUUUUAUUUACCACAAAAACCUUACAUGGGUAAUCGUUCUACAUUCAGAGAACAGAUAAUAUAUCCUGAUACCAUGGAGCAAUUUUUGCAAAGAUUCAAUAACGAUUAUGAAAAAGGUGAUAAAGAAUUAACGAAAAUAUUAGAAGCUUUAGAAUUAGAUGACUUAAUUGCUGAGAAUUUGUCAUUAAUAUUAGCUCAACGAUCGAUGAAUGAUCAAACCUCAAAGAAGAUCUCUAUUCAAGAACAAUCGCAAGCGCAAGCGAAGAAUCAAGGAGAGAAGAUUGAAGGUGAUGAUGUUGAUGAUAGAGAUUUGAUAAUGGUUCCCUCUAAUGGUGUUGAAACUUCUAGUGCUGAUGAUGCUGAAACUUCUUCUUCUUCUUCCAUUAUUAAUGUUAGAGAUGCAUUUGAUUUAAGAAGGAAUUGGUCUGAUGAAUUAUCCAUUGGUGUACAACAAAGAUUAGCCAUGGCAAGAAUGUAUUAUCAUCGACCUAAAUUUGCUGUUUUGGAUGAAUGUACUUCAGCUGUAUCACCUGAGAUGGAGCAAAAAAUGUAUAAGAUAUCACAAGAUUUUGGAAUUUCUUUAAUUUCUGUCUGUCAUAGGACAAGUUUAUGGCAUUUCCAUAAUUAUUUGUUAAGAUUUGAUGGGAAAGGUGGAUAUCAAUUUAAUAAAUUUGAUCCUGUGAAAAGAUUAAAAGAGGAGGAAAAAUUAACUGAAUUGAAUUCUUUAUUGGAUCAACAAGUACCUGUUUGGAAGAAAAAAUUAACUGAUUUGAAAAUUGCCCGGAGAUCUAAUUUAGUUAAAAAAUCUCAAAGUGAAUUAAAUGUUACCAAGACAAUAGCUUGA